CAGCCCGGCCGCGCACCGGCUUUUGGGGGGAGGUCGCGGCCCCGCAGCCGCUCUCGGGUGGGGGGUCCCCGCUGCCCCCGCGCACCAUGGCCGGGCUCCUGCCGCUGCUGCUGCUCCUGCUGCCGGCGGAUCCCUCCUGGGGCUCCAAGGACAAGUGCCCCACCAAGAUGUACACGCUGAGCGGGGAGUGCUGCCGAGCCUGCAACCUGGGCGAGGGGGUGGUGCAGCCCUGCGGGGUCAACCAGACCGUGUGUGAGCCCUGCCUGGACAGCGUCACCUUCUCGGACACGGUGAGCGCCACGGAGCCCUGCAAGCCCUGCACGCAGUGCCUGGGGCUGCAGAGCAUGUCCGCGCCCUGCGUCGAGUCGGACGACGCCGUUUGCCACUGCUCCUACGGCUACUUCCAGGACGAGGCCAGCGGGGCCUGCCGGGAGUGCCGCGUCUGCGAGGUGGGCUUCGGGCUCAUGUUCCCCUGCAAGGACUCGCAGGACACGGUGUGCGAGGAGUGCCCCGAGGGCACCUUCUCCAGCGAGGCCAACUUCGUGGACCCCUGCCUGCCCUGCACGACCUGCGAGGACAACGAGGUGCUGGUGAAGGAGUGCACGGCCGUGUCGGACGCCGAGUGCAGGGGUCUCCACCCUCGCUGGACAACCCCCCCCCCGUCCCUGGUGGGCUUUGAGAGCCCCGAGCCCAGCACCAGGGAGCCCCUGAGCCCCGAGGGGCUGCCCAGCACCCCGGCAGACACGGGCACCACCGUGGUGGGCAGCUCCCAGCCCGUCGUGAGCCGCGGCACCGCCGACAACCUCAUCCCCGUCUACUGCUCCAUCCUGGCCGCCGUGGUGGUGGGGCUGGUGGCCUACAUCGCCUUCAAGAGGUGGAACAACUGCAAACAGAACAAGCAGGGGGCCAACAACCGGCCCGUGAACCAAACCCCCUCCCCGGAGGGGGAGAAGCUGCACAGCGACAGCGGCAUCUCCGUGGACAGCCAGAGCCUGCACGACCAGCAGCCCCCCGGCCAGGGCACCCAGGGGCCAGCGCCCAAGGCAGACGGGACCCUGUACGCCAGCCUUCCCCCCGGCAAGCAGGAGGAGGUGGAGAAGCUGCUGGGCAGCUCUGCCGAGGAGCCCUGGAGGCAGCUGGCGGGGGAGUUGGGCUACAAGGACGAGCUCAUCGACUCCUUCACCCGCGAGGAAUCGCCCGCCCGGGCCCUGCUGGCCCACUGGUCCUCCAAGGACUCAGCCACCCUGGAGGCCCUGCUGGCCGCCCUGCGCAAGAUCCAGCGCGGGGACAUCGCCGACAGCCUGGCCAGCGAGUCCACGGCCACCUCGCCCGUCUGAAGGGUGGCAGCACUGAGGGCACUGAGGGCACUGAGGGCACUUGGAGCUCGGAGCUCCCGGGCUCGGUACCGGCCCCUCCCGCCACUGCCGCCCCCUGGCAGCCCCUGAGGGGGUUUUUUGGGGGGGGCUCAGCCCCUCUCCACGCCCAAAUCCCGUCUGCCCCCUGAGGCUGGAUGGAGGCUGGAUGGACGGACAGACGGACACAGGAGGGAGCAGCAGGCUCCCAGCCCUCUCCUCUCUGUCCCCUUCCAGCCCUUUCUCCUCGGGGCUCCAAGUUCUUGGGGCUCCAAGUUCUUGGGGCUCCAAGUUCUCCUCUUCCUCCUUGGCCCAGCCUCUCUUUCCUGCUCCCCUAAAAUCCAGCUGCCUCCCCCCCCCCAAACCGUGGGCGAAGGGCAGGGAGGGAGGGAACUGGGGCUGCUGUAGCAGGAUUUGGGAGCUGGUCCUACGAGGGGGGACCAGCAGCCCGGGCUACACUGUGAAAUUUGGGGGGUGCAGCCCCCCCGGGCUCCAGGGGUGUUUGGUCCCGGUGAGGAGCACCCGGAGCAGGUUUUGGGGGGAGCCCCGGGGGGGCUGCAGGGGACGCUGGAGCUCCCAUGGACACACUCCAGGGGGGACACUGAAGGUCUAAAGGGCUGGAAAAAGUGCCUGCCUGCUGCAGGGCCGUGAUAAAAGGGCUGUGCUCAUCCUUCCCCCCAUCCCAGUGUCCCUGGCAAAGCCACCCUGGCACCACUGCACUGUCCCUCCCGGCCCAGGGACCCGCUUGUAAGGGCUCCUCCUCCUCCAGCACUGUGCAGGGGGCUCAGAAUCGCCCCUGGGGUCCUUCAGCAGGCACUGCCCACCCUCGUGCACCCCUGGGUGACCCCAGCACCUCCCUGUGCCCCGGGGAGGGGACAGCGCUCACCUCCCUCACCUCUCUGGAGCUGGGAGGGUGGUUUUUUUGGCAUAUCAGCUCCCAGCCCACCCCUGGGUGAUGCUGGAGAACCUCUUCCCCCCGGAGCUGCCCCCGAGGUCCCGGGAGAUGAUCCCAACACAGCCGUGACCUCCUGCCUGCCCGGAGCACCAGGAGGUUCCCACGGAGGAAGGACUGCCAGGGGAGCUGCCCCUCCUUCACCUCUGCAUUCAUCCAGAGACUCUUUCCUGAAGGCAGAAGGUGAUUUUCCUCCUCUCCUCAAGGAGAUAAGCGAGACUUGUAAAUACUGUGGUGUUGUUUUCCUCCCUGCUCGAUGUUCACACGUGUGACACGGGGCGACGAUCCCACCCAGCCCUUCCCUCUUCCUCACAGCCUGUCCACCUCCAAGGGGAGCAUUCCCAGCCCAAGCCUUCGGUCCCACCUCGUUUCUGGCCUUAAAGACUCAACGGGGAUCAGCAAAACACCCCAAAAGUCACUGCAGCAGGUCCGUGACAAACUUGGGAACGUGGAAGGAUUUGGAGCCGCCGGGAAGGGAGGGAGAGCUCGGUGUCUUCUGAAGGAUUGGGGCCUGCAUGGAGGGGACUCAAGCCCCCAGGUCCUUCAAAAAGCUUUGUGGGAGUUCUUCAGAGGCUGGAUCCAGGUCUGGGAUAUUCCAGGAUAUUCCACACUUCCUGCCCUGGGGCAGCAGAGGAGCGAAGAUCCCUCUGGAGGAACAGCCCCUGCGGCCGGACCCUCGGUUGGAAGCAGCCCUGGCAGGGCUGUGGGACCCCCACCCGAGUCCCAAACCUCCCCCACCGCUGAAAUCCAAGGAAACCACCCCAGAUUUGCAGCCCUGCUCGCGGGGGGCGACUCUGGUUUGCAGCCCCCCAGCUGGGGCUCCGGCUGCUUCCAGCCCCAUCCAGCCCCAUCCAGCCCCAUCCAGCCCCAGGGAUGCUCGGGGAGGAAUUUUUAUCGUCAGGUUGUUUCCACUGGUCCCUUUUUGGGCAAAGUGACUCGAACACAAACUGAGGGCGAGCGGGAUGAAGCGCCCACAUCAACACAGAACAGCAGGGCAGACUGCCUGGUUCAUCCUGACAGCCCAGCCCGGCUGGGAAUCCCUCUCCAGCCGGGAACUGCUUCUCUUCAGGACGUGCUCUCAGGUUUUGAUGCCGUAGCAGAGGGAUUUCCUCAGGGCUGAGGAAACGGGAGACAAAAAAACCCCUCAGCAUCCAAAGAGCAGCCGGGGCAGGGGGGAAGCCCCGGGUGCAGGAAAUAAAUAAAAAUAAAACAGACGAGACAGAACCAAGCGAGGAGGGAAAGCCAAGCCAAAGUCAGUGCUGGGGGGUCCGUCCCGUGUCCCUUCCUGGUGUGCAAAGAGCGUUUCCUCCACCUACCCCUGCCCUGGUCCCAGUGCUGGUCCCUUAGGAAGUGUCCCGGUGCAGAGUAGCCGUUGUAGGAGGAUUUUGGGGGGUGUGG